AUGGAUAUCAUUUUCGCUAUUUGCAUCUUCAAAACGUUUUAUUAUGUUUUUUAUAUUUUUGCUCUUAUUUUUUUAAAUUUUAAAAAUACCUCUAAUAUCAAAGGAAGCAAUGCUGCUGAUAAUGAUAAUUUCAUAUUAAUUAUCAAAGUGGACGACGACGAAAAGGUGACUGAUGAAAAUGAAACAAGUGCUGAAUUGGAAACAGUAAAUGCACAACCCAUGGAAGACAUGAACAAAAAAAAUCAAGAAAUUGAACAAUUAAGAAAAGAAAGUCUAUUCCUUCAACAAAAAAUUGAACAAAUGGGAGAAGAAAGCAGAUUACUCAACUAUAUGAAUUGUUGUCUCCAACAGCAAGAGGCUAUAACUUUACGUUAUAUUUAUACUGACCGUCUUGACACAUACAUCGAGGACAUUACACAAUACAGGCGUACACUUGACAAACUUGUCGAUCAUCGGCAUAUUCAAGUAACUCAUUUAUUAAGUGGUUGA